GCCACAAUUGCAAAAUUUUCCAGUGGAUAGUAAAAUAUAGUGUGGAAUGGACUAAAGCUUGUUGAGUUUUGCAAAACCGGCUCUAUACAUUCCUCUCAUCUGCCUAUGAUACAACAAUUAACAAUCGCUUGUUCUUAAAAAAUAAUACAACAAUCAAGAACGUGUGGAUUCUAUUCCUUAUUUGUGGAGAAUUGUCGAAUGCAGAUAGUUUUUCGUGUGAAUUACAUAACCUGAUCGAGAUUGUAAUUUCAUAUGACGACGGAUAAAUUGAAUAUUUAAUAAGUAGUGCAAAGUGCAGGGAACGAAAUUUCGAGCAGGUUAUUAGAAUCUUAGAACCUAUCAGUGUCAUUAUCUCGUUUUAUCAAUUUUGUUGAGCAGUGUUUAUAACAAAAAAUGUCGAGAUUGUUGACAAAUUUGUGCCCACAAGUGAGGAAGCUGGUGGCCCUCUCAAUUAAAGAGUCAAAGUCUCUGGUGUCCUUGUCAAAUAUUCGCAGCUUCUCGAUUAGCUCCAGAUUAUUAGCAGGUUGGCCUCAGAUCCAGAAACCUGCACCUGAUUUUGCUGGUACUGCUGUUGUCAAUGGUGAUUUCAAGGAUAUCAAGCUCUCUGAUUACAGAGGAAAAUACGUUGUAUUAUUUUUCUAUCCAUUAGACUUCACUUUCGUAUGUCCGACUGAAUUACUUGCCUUCAGUGAAAAAAUGUCAGAAUUCAAGGGAUUAAAUGCUGAGGUGAUUGGUGUCUCCACAGACUCCCAUUUCAGUCAUCUGGCCUGGAUAAAUACCCCAAGGAAGCAAGGAGGAUUGGGUGGUGAUCUUGGGUACCCACUGCUUAGUGACUUCAAUAAACAAAUAGCUGCAAGCUACGGAGUCCUCUUGGACGAACCUGGUGUUGCCCUCCGAGGACUCUUCAUCAUUGACAAGGAAGGAGUUUUACGUCAACUCAGUGUUAAUGAUUUACCAGUGGGCAGGAGCGUUGAUGAGACUUUGAGGCUCAUUAAGGCCUUCCAGUUUGUCGAGAAACAUGGAGAGGUGUGUCCAGCCAAUUGGCAGCCAGAUUCCAAAACGAUAAAGCCGAAUCCUAAGGGUAGUAAAGAGUACUUCGAAUCUGUUAACUAAGUGUGCAGGGGAGAGGGGUCGAGUUGUGGUAUUCAAUAAAAUUUCGAAAAUUUAA